ACCUGUUGCUCUGCUGUGUAUCGGCUGCUCUCUCAUCGCCUCCAGUGUGUUUCUCUUACAAAAGAGCAUCUGGAAGGCGUGUUACAAAUCCGCAAAGCUGCCGGACAGAAAGACAGUAGCAGUGGUUCUGUCCUUUGAGUUCCUGGUGUCUCUCGGUGCAGCGAUUCUCACCAUUGUGGCAAUGCCACACUUGGACAUCGUGACCAACGUGACAAUACUGAAUGGUGUCGCUGUCCUCUCUACUCUCCUACAAGUGGUCACUCAGUGCACUGCCAAGGAAAGGAAUCGUUUCCUGGUGCCGUCCAUUGCUGCCUUCAUCCUCAUUUUGCUUGGUUACGUCCUGUUCCUCUUCUUAUACAUUAUGAAAGAUCCUACUGAUAUCAAGAUGGCAAUUUGGGUGGGUCUGGCUGUUGGUGGGUCCUUCUUUGUGUCUUUGAACUGGUGGGAGACCUACUUCAGACUGAUCAUUGAGAACAGCAGUUCCAUCUUCCUCAAAAACCUGUGCAGAGACAUGACAAAGUGCCAGAAUAUGCUACACAUCUUCUCCAGUCUGCUCAGGAUCACAGUGACCGCCUGUGUGCUCGGAGCCUACGUCCCUCUGUCCAAAAUGGACUGGGACAUAGUGAAGUCUAUCCCAAGGCGUGAGACAAAAAUUAUAGCCAUCACCAUUGGGGUCCAGCUGAUCUCCUCUGCCCUCUGCCACUGGUUUGCUGUUGCGGCCUGCAAGAUGCACGCCCUGCGACGAUGCUUCAUCCUGCCUUUGUAUCUGGCCUCUCUGGCCGUCAUGGCUCUGCUCAUCAUCCCUGUUAUCGUUUACUAUCAGGAAUACAGAAUAAGUCUGAACGGGACAAGCAUCAACUUCACAGGCUACUGCAAUGACAUUGUAGAUGGAAGAAACCACAACUUGAAUGGCAGUGUGUUCCCACAUCUGGUUUUGGAUGUUACACACACUCUGUGCUUCCUGGACAUGUCAAAUAUAACUGACAUUGGCCUGCUGACAGGUUCAGCAGUGUCCUGGUGGAUCGGACUUGUUUUGGCCACUCUCCACCUCUGGUAUCUCAGUCUCUAUCGCAUCCAGAGGACUCAGGACCUGUUCAUUCGGAGGCUGUAUGAGGGAGCAUUUUUGGAGCAGUCGCUGCUUCUAAACACUCGAUUUGACAUCCAGACGACUGAGAGGCCGAAGCAAUUCACACCACUUGAACCAGUGAAAGUGUUUCUUUGUGCAACCAUGUGGCAUGAAACCUAUGAUGAAAUGUUGAAGAUAAUUAUUUCACUAUUCCGACUGGACAAGUACAGACCGAAGAAGAAAGAAAAAGAAACAAGUGAUGUGACUUUCGAGGGCCAUAUCUACGUUGACGAUGCCUUCAGAGAUGUUGCCGGUAGUCAGGGGCGCCACGUCAAUGAAUAUGCAGAGAUGCUUGUGGAAAUUCUCAGAGAAGUUUACAGUAUCUUUGUAAACAUGGAUAAAGGUGUCUUUAAAAAGCAGCACCAUGUCCCUGAUCAGAAGAUCGUGAGGACACCUUAUGGAGGGCGUGUGGCGCUCACCAUGCCUCAUGGAAACAGUCUGGUGGUUCACUUCAAGGACAAGACACUCAUCCGGCACAAGAAGAGAUGGUCCCAGAUCAUGUAUUUGUACUACCUCCUGGGCUGGAAAAUUGCGGCCAAGUAUUACAAAAGGUGGGGGAAAGGAGGCGACGAGGCUGAGCUGAUGAAACAGUUUAAGAAAGAGAAGCACAACACCUACCUCCUGGCUUUAGAUGGGGACACAGACUUCCAGCCUGCUGCUGUGAUGUUGCUCGUCGAUCGUCUGAAAAUGUAUCCGUAUGUUGGGGCAGCAUGUGGCAGGAUUCACCCCACUGGAUCAGGUCCCAUGGUGUGGUACCAGAAGUUUGAAUAUGCAGUGGGCCACUGGCUUCAGAAGACAGCAGAACAUGUGUUCGGCUGCGUGCUGUGCAGCCCGGGCUGCUUCAGUCUGUUCAGAGCAGCAGCGCUGAUGGAUGACAAUGUGAUGAAAAAAUACACCAUUAAGGCCUCAAAGGCUCGACACCAUAUCCAGUAUGACCAAGGUGAGGACCGCUGGCUGUGUACUCUGCUGCUGAAGCAGGGAUGGAGAGUGGAGUACAACGCAGCCUCUGAUGCCUACACCAAUGCCCCGGAGGAGUUUAAAGAGUUUUACAACCAGCGUCGUCGAUGGGGACCGUCCACCAUGGCCAACAUUGUGGACUUGCUGGGCUCUGGCACCCUGAUUUCCAAGAGAAACCCGUCCAUGUCCAAACCCUACAUGUUCUACCAGCUCUUCAGCUUGGCCUGUUCCAUACUGGCACCUUCCACCGUCAUCCUUAUGAUUGCAGGUAGUUUGAGCGUGUUGCUUGACAUGGACCAAAACGCUGCCCUGGUUGUGGCUGUGAUACCUCCAGCUAUCUUCCUUGGUAUCAGCUUCAAGAUCAAGUCAGACACUCAGAUUGUUAUUGCAGCAGUCAUGAGCAUCUUGUACGCCUUCCUAAUGAUGAUAGCAACAAUUAUCCUAAUAGUCAACAUAGUGAAGGACGAAACCAUCGUGACUCCAAGCAGCAUCUUCAUCCUCACCCUUGUCUGCACUUACUUCAUUGCUGCACUCAUGCAUCCCCAGGAGGUUGGCCUGGUGUUCUUCGGUUUGCUUUACAUCAUUUGCAUCCCCAGCGCCUACCUGUUGCUGGCUAUUUAUUCCAUGGUCAAUAUGAACAAUGUGUCUUGGGGCACCAGAGAGACAGUGACUGCCAAACCUGCAGCCACACCCCCACAAACCCAAGCCCAGAAAGCCAAAAGCAUAUUCACACGGCUCUUCACCUGGGUCAAAUGCUGCGGAAAACCCUGUUGGAAAAGCAGUGCAGAAGAACCCAUUGUUAGCCAAGAGAAGCUGACCGUGGAGACAAGAGAGCCUGAACAGCAACCCCAAAACACUAUUGUGGAGGAUUUUCAGAGUCAUGAUGCGAAGCAGAGGCAAGAGGCUUUCACCCACCGUCACCAGUGUUGGGUCAGACAACUGCAGAGUUUGUCUAAAGACAUGCGGCUACGGGAGGACACACUCGACAAGGAUGAAGAGCAGUUCUUCAGAGAACUGAUAAUUAAAUACCUGAAGCCUCUGUCUGACAGCAAAAAGAAGCAGAAAAAAAUGGCUGAUGAACUCAAGGAGUUGAGAAACAAGAUUACCUUUGUCUUCUUCAUUUGCAACGCCUUCUGGCUCACAGCGACCGUCGUUCUCCAGCUCUUAGGGUCAACUGUUUUUAUCCAGGUGCCAAAGAUCGACAUUAACCUGCAGUACACUGGACAGUACAUAUACAUUGACCCUCUGGGAUUCAUGUUCAUACUAUCCUUCGCCUUGCUGGUUAUCAUCCAGUUCUUCGCCAUGCUGUACCACAGAAUGUACACACUGAUCCAUUAUGUGGCCUUUCUGGAUACGGAGCCUGAAAAACAAAACCAGCAACAAGUCAAAGAUGAUGAAGUCGGUGAUCGUGACGGUUUCAUGUUUCCAAGUCUGCUCAACAGAAGUACCCAUGCAACUGUAGUGUAAACUAAGAUGAACCAAAACACAACCAAAACUUGUUUUCUGCACUUUGAAACAAGUAAACGUACUGUAUGUGAGACUUAAAACUAUCUAAAGCUGACUAUACACUGAGCCCAAGCCCAAGUGUGAUGUGGAAGCUUGAAAUCUAUAGUGCAUAUAUACUGAGAGUGGAUUUUUCAGUGAAGAAGGAGACAUCUUGUAUCUAGCAGUGACUUUUGAACUUUUGAAUUAAUAAUUAUUUGCAUAAUCAUAGAUUCUGGAUUUUUCAAUGAGAGAGAAAAAGUAAAUGUUAUUUUAAGAAAUUUAAGUAUGUAAGGAAUAAAAAUUUUUAAUGGAGAAAGCAGAGUGUCGAUAUGUCAUAAAGCCUGUUAGGAGGGGAUCUUUGAGCAAAAUGACAAAAUACUGACUAGUAUAAUCUUCUUUGUGAUUUGCUACUGUUCCCAGUUUUUUAAUAUUUUUGGACUUAGACUGUUGUAUGGACAAAAUAAUAAUUGUAUCAAGAUGUCAUGUUGGGCUCCUGUGAUGGGCAUGUUUCACUUUCAAUCAUACAGAUGAAAUGAUUCAUCAAAGAAAGUAUUUGAAUUAAAAGAUGAAAUGAAAAUUGAA